AGUCCUGAGCACACACACACCUUGUGACGUAGCGACGUAGCUAGACGCUCUCACGUGACCCACCUCCCCUUGGGUUCCCGCGCUCCGCCCCCGGGUCUUACUGCCCGGAUCGAGUUGGUUGUCAGUUAAUAGGAGGCGAUCGGACGAGUCCGGAUCUCAUCUCCAGGUCCAGGUCUUACUGUCCGGUGUGUAAGCCUAUAGGAAUCAGAGGGCUCAUUGUGGGCGAUCUCCCUUCUCAUUGUGCCACUGCACCUGUACUCACUCCAGAUUCCGGGCUUUGCGGAGCCAAUGAAAGCGCUGCGCUGCCAUUUUGGAUCCAGCUCCGUGUUUUACCCCAGUGUCUGUUCUGUAGCCCCGGCUCCCCUUUCCCCCUCGUUGCCGUCCCCAUGUGACAGAGUGGCCCAUCAUCUCGGCGGCUAUGUGAGAGCUCCAGUGCACCAGUGCUCCCCUCGUAGCCAUAGCAUGCCGGGCCGCUCCGGAGCUUACACCGCUUGUGCUGUGCCUGUGUGACAGCGCUCCCGAUCCUGCGCCCACUCCAGCUCCGGGACUUGCAGCCUUCCUCCCCGGGCUCCGAAGACUCUCGCAGGCAGUGGCCGGGCCGUGCCUCCCGUCCAGUGCUCCGGCCCGGGCUUUCCUCGGGGGGCGAUUCUUGUGCAGGAAGCUGCCAGCCCGGCUCCCUCCUCGUGUUCCAGCUGCCGGGUCUUGCGGCCUCAGCCUCCCCAGUCCAGGACUCCCAGCUCCGCGCUUUGCGGCCUGUCUCUCCUCCUCCUCUCUCGGUAAAAUGGCCUCUCCUCCUCCUCCUCUCCACCGCCUCGUGUCCGACUGAACGGCUCCCCUCCCCUCCUGCCCGCAACCAGCCCGACACCCGGGGGGGGAGGCCACCUCCAUCCCCACCCCUCUCAUAGCGCUCCAUGGCCGCUCAGGUGGCACCGGCCUCCGGCCCCAGCCUCGGAGGAACCCCGCCCGCCGCCGCCGGUCCCGAAUUGAAGAAGAGCCCCGGGGACCCCCCUCCUUCUGCUGAACCUCAGACCGAGGCCCCGGCCCAGGCCUCCGCGGACUCAGACGCACCUGAAGCGGCCAACGGGACCCGAGCGGCGUCCAGCUCUUCACUCCAGGAGCCAGGAGAGGCGCCUGCGGCCUCCUCCGCCUCAUCGCACCCGCCCGGGGGAUUCGGCUUCUCCUCUUACAACCGGGGAGUCUUCCAAUCUGGCCCAGGCCUGGACUACCCGCCUCCCAGCGAGGCCUACAAUUCCUAUCCGGCCUACCCAAAUCGGGCCUACCAGCCGGGAUACCCCCCGCCUCGCCCGACUGCUUCCACGGGCAAGCCCCCGGCUCCGGCCUACCCUCCUCCUCCGCCGCGGUUCGGCCCCGCGCAACCGGCAGCAGCCACCCCGACUCUAAACCAGCUCCUGACUGCGCCCAGCCCGGGGCGGGGGUUCCCGGCCUACUCAGGAGGAGACUACUCGGAGCAGCACAAAGGACCCGAAGGCUAUGCAGCUGGCUGGGCCGCAGGUCAAAGAGGGGUGCACCCGCCCGGGAGCCCUGGCAGCAGCGGGCAGACCAUACCCAGGAGCACGCAGCCUGGCAGUCCCAUGGAUCAAAUGGGAAAGAUGAGACCGCAGCCAUAUGGCUCUAAUAACCCAUACAGCCAACAGCCUGGUCCUCAACAAGGGCAUUCUGGUUAUCCAGUACAGCCUUAUUCUUCUCAAACGCCACAGAGAUACCCAAUGGCCAUGCAGGGUCGACCUCAAGGAACAAUGAGUAUGCAGUAUGGACAACAGAUGACGUCCUAUGCGCAACAAGGCCCUGGAUCCUAUUCUCAGCAGACCCAGUCACCAUACUAUAACCAGCAGAGCCUCCACCCUCCACAGCAGCAAACUACACCGCCACAAACCCAGUAUUCUCAGCAACAGUCAGCUCCUCAGUCCUACACACAACAGACUUCCUCUUCUCAGCCUCCUUCUAGCCAGCCUGUUCAGCCCACCUUCCCUCAACAGCAACAAUCGCCAUCUCCAUCACCCUAUACACAACAGCAGCAGGGCCCCCCAACAAGUUCACAAAGCCAGUCACCAUACACCCAGCAAGCUCCACAGUAUCCCACCUCACAGCAGCAAGGCUCAUCCUAUUCCACAUCUGGAGCACAGCAGGGGAGUACCUACUCUCAGCAACGCUUCCCUCCACCACAGCAGGAGCUCUCUCAGGAUUCCUUUACUUCCCAGGCCUCAUCUACCCCUUCUCUGGGUUCCAGCAAAGGACAGGAGGAUCUCAGCUUGGGCAUGCAACCACGGCCCUCUAGCCUUCCGGAUCUCUCUGGUUCAAUUGAUGACCUCCCAAUGGGUGCUGAGGGUGCUCUAAGUCCAGGUGUCAGCACUUCUGGGAUCUCCAGCAGUCAGGGCGAACAGAGCAAUCCAGCUCAGUCACCUUUUUCACCCCAUACAUCACCCCAUUUGCCUGGGAUCAGGGGGCCUUCACCCUCCCCAGUUGGCUCUCCAGCCAGUGUGGCUCCUUCUCGUUCUGGUCCCCUGUCACCAACAUCUGUACCAGGAACACAAAUGCCACCACGUCCUCCUAGUGGGCAGUCGGAUGGUUUAAUUCACCCUACCAUGAACCAGGCUAGUCUUGCGCAAGAGAGAGGGUACAUGCAGAGGAAUACUCAAAUACCUCAGUAUGGAUCUCCACAGCCUGGUCAAGCACUUUCUCCACGCCAAUCAUCUGGAGGCCAGAUGCAUCCCGGAAUGGGACCCUAUCAACAGAACUCUAUGAGUAGUUACGGACCUCAGGGAGGACAAUAUGGUCCCCAAGGGGGAUACCCCAGGCAGCCGAAUUAUAAUACCAUGGCAAAUGCAGGAUAUUCAGGCAGUGGCAUGGCUCCUCUUGUUGCAGGUGGGCAGAUGCAUGGUCAAGGAGGCAUGCCACAGUAUGGAGGACGUAUGGCUCAUUCAGCAAUGGGCAAUAGACCGUACGGUCCAAAUAUGGGGAACAUGCCACCACAAGUUGGAAGUGGGAUGUGUCCACCUCCUGGUAUGAAUCGUAAAGCACAAGAAGCUGCUGGAUUGCAUGGCACUGCCAACUCCAUACCGAGCAGGUCACCUGGGUACCCAAACAUGAAUCAAGCUGGGAUGAUGGGAGCUGGACCUCCGUAUGGUCAAGGAAUGAACAGCAUGGCUGCCAUGAUGAAUACACAGGGACCUCCCUAUAUGGGAGGUGGCAUGGCCAACAACUCAGGCAUGGCUGGGAGUCCAGAACUUAUGGGUCUCUCUGAUGUUAAACUGACCCCAACUCCCAAGAUGAAUAAUAAAGCAGAUGGAACACCCAAAGCAGAGCCCAAGUCAAAGAAAUCCAGCUCCUCUACCACUACAAAUGAAAAAAUCACAAAAUUGUAUGAAUUGGGGGGUGAACCAGAGAGGAAAAUGUGGGUGGAUCGCUACCUAUCUUUCACAGAAGAGAAGGCAAUGGGCAUGACUAAUCUACCUGCUGUUGGGAGAAAGCCCUUAGAUUUGUACCGUCUCUACAUGUCUGUCAAGGAUAUUGGUGGACUCACCCAGGUAAAUAAGAACAAGAAGUGGAGAGAGCUUGCAACAAACCUCAAUGUGGGCACAUCAAGCAGUGCAGCUAGCUCUCUAAAGAAACAGUACAUACAGUGUCUGUAUGCAUUUGAGUGCAAAAUAGAAAGGGGAGAAGACCCACCACCCGAUAUCUUUGCAUCUGCGGAAGCAAAAAAACAAGCAAAAAUCCAACCACCAUCACCGGCUGGCUCAGGCUCCAUGCAGGGACCGCAGACACCUCAGUCCACAAGUAGCUCUAUGGCCGAAGGAGGGGAUCUAAAGCCCCCUACACCAGCAUCCACCCCACACAGCCAGAUGCCUCCCAUGCCAGGCAUGAGGAAUAACUCUGUGGGACUCCAGGAUGCAUAUGACGGUUCAGAUCCUCCUUAUCAGAAACGAAAUUCCAUGACUCCCAAUCCUGGGUACCAAUCAGACAUGAUGGGAAGAAUGCCUUAUGAUGCUAGCAAGGAUCCAUACGGUGGUAUGAGGAAAGGUGCUGAUCCUUUCAUGUCUUCAGGUCAGGGACCCAGUGGGACAAUGGGAGACCCUUAUAGUAGGGCUGCAGGCCCAGGUAUGCCAAAUAUGGCUCAGCGUCAGCAUUACUCUUAUGGCGGUUACGACAGAGUGAGGCCAGAGCCUAGCCUUGGUCCAGAAGGAAGCAUGGGAAGCGGUGGCACUCAGCCAAAUAUGAUGCCUUCCAACACAGAUAGUGGCAUGUACUCACCAGGGCGCUAUCCACAACAAAGGCACGACUCCUACAGCAAUCAGUACCCUACGCAAGGUACAUCAGGUAGUCCUUAUCAAGGUCAACAGAAUCCAUUGUAUCAACAACAGAACUACAAGCGUCCAAUGGAUGGUAGUUAUGGCCCAUCUUCUAAACGUCAUGAAGGAGAAAUAUACAAUGCUCCUUAUGCUGGGGCACAGAGUGGACAAGGUCAACAACAGCCACAACCUCAACAGCAGCAGACACCUGGGUCAGGGGUGCAACCUCCUACUGGACAGCCUUCUCCUGCCCCAAAUUCACAGCCUACUCAAGACCCUUAUGGUCAAUAUGGUAGUGGUUAUCCUCAAAGUGCUGGGGAGCGCAGGCCUGCACCCACAGGGCAGAAUCAGUUUCCUUUUCAGUUUGGGCGUGAGCGGGUGUCAUCUACUCCAGGGAACAACACACAGUCGCCUCUGCCACCUAGUGGUAUGGGUGGCUCUACAGAAGGAACCCAACCUGGAGCCAUGUGGCAAGGUCGAGGAGAUAUAGGCUACAAUUAUCAGGGGAGGUCUGUUCCUCCUCCAGCCAGUACACAAGGACCUAGUUAUCAUUCUGGGCCACCUCGUGCAGAUGAUAUGGUGCAUUCAGACCAGCGACUUAGCCACGAGGGCCAGUGGCCACCUCAUGUUAACAGGCAACAGCCCCCCUAUGUGCCUGCCCCUGGCCCACCUUUGAGCAGAGCUCCUCCACAGCCUGGAUACCAAGCCUCCUCAAGCAUGCCUAACCAUCUGCCUCAGGUAGCUAGUCCAGCCACCCCUCGGCCACUGGAAGCCCACACCUCACCCAGCAAAUCCCCAUUCCUGAAGAUGCAGAAAGCUGGACCCCCUGUGCCUGCAUCACAUAUUGUGCCCAGUCCUGCCCAGCCUCCUCUUAUUCGCAGGGACAUAACCUUCCCUCCAGGGUCAGUGGAAGCUACGCAACCUAUACUGAAGCCACGGAGACGCCUAACGGCAAAAGAAAUUGGUACUCCUGAGGCUUGGCGUGUUAUGAUGUCAUUGAAAUCUGGCCUCCUUGCAGAAAGCACCUGGGCACUGGACACAAUCAACAUUCUUCUUUAUGACGAUAACAGUAUCAUGACAUUUAAUCUCAGUCAGCUCCCUGGGUUACUGGAGCUGUUGGUGGAAUAUUUCAGACGAUGCCUGAUUGAAAUCUUUGGGAUACUCCGGGAGUAUGAGGUUGGAGAGCCUGCACAAAAGACCCUACUUAACCCUUCCACUCAUUGCUCUCACAGCCCACUUAUGGGUGAUGCACAGUCCAGUGAUGAGGACUGCCAACCGUUGACAGAUGGUGAUACCCAAAGUGAGGAUGAGGGUGAAGAGGAAAGGAAGGCCUAUUUAGCUCCAUGUAAUUCAAGUGAAGAAACUCUGCAGCAUACCAGCAAGUUUGACAAACUUCCUGUAAAAAUAAUUCAACGGGAAGAUGCCUUUGUGUUGGACUGUUCGCACCAGUUGGGUCGUCGGCAAGAAUUUGAUAGUGGCCUCUUACACUGGCGAAUAGGAGGGGGUGACACAACUGAGCACAUCCAGACUCACUUUGAAAGGCGUCCUGAGUCCUCUUUUCGUAAACGUCCUCAAACGAAGCGCCGUUCAAAGGAACAGCAAGUUCCUAUUGCAGAGGAUACAGCAGCUACCAUAGAUGAUGUUUUGUGUUCCCGGUCCAGUUCUUUGCCACCAGAUUCAGGAGGAAUUGCUGAAGAUGGCUCCGAAUUUCAGUUAGGUGGUGGUCCUCCACCACGCAACAGACAUGGUCUUAAAAUCCUUGAGGAUGAACCACGCAGCAAAGAUGAAACCCCACUGUGCACACUGGAAGAUUGGCAAGAUGCUCUCUCUCGCCGUUGUGUGUGCAUAUCCAAUAUCUUGCGUAGCUUGUCUUUUGUGCCAGGCAAUGACUUGGAAAUGUCAAAGCACCCAGGACUGUUACUGCUCCUUGGGAAACUUGUGCUGCUCCAUCACAAGCACCCAGAAAGGAAACAAGCACCCCUCACCUAUGAAAAAGAGGAGGACAGAGACCAAGGAGUUAGUAGCAAUAAGGCUGAAUGGUGGUGGGACUGUUUGGAAAUGUUGCGUGAGAACACACUGGUCACCCUUGCCAAUAUAUCUGGUCAGCUAGAUCUUUCCCCAUACCCUGAAAGCAUUUGUUUGCCCAUCCUUGAUGGUCUUCUACACUGGGCAGUGUGUCCAUCAGCUGAGGCUCAGGAUCCGUUUCUAACAUUGGGUCCCAAUGCAGUACUUUCUCCGCAGAGACUGGUGUUGGAGGCCCUUAGCAAACUGAGCAUUCAAGAUAGCAAUGUGGACCUAAUACUCGCCACACCACCUUUCAGUCGUCUCGAAAAGCUGUAUGGGACAUUGGUGAGGUUCCUAAGUGACAGAAAAAACCAUGUGUGUAGGGAAAUGGCAGUGGUGCUUCUAGCAAACUUGGCACAGGGCGAUAGUUUAGCAGCCAGGGCUAUAGCCCUUCAGAAAGGCAGCAUUGGGAACCUGCUGGGAUUUCUUGAGGAUAGUCUGGCAGCCACUCAAUUCCAGCAGAGUCAGGCUGCCCAUUUACACGGACCCUCUGCUUCAUUUGAACCCACAAGUACGGACAUGAUGCGACGGGCCUCUCGUGCCCUGCUUGCUUUGGCUAAAGUUGAGGAGAACCAUUCGGAGUUCACACUGUAUGAGGCCCGUCUGCUGGACAUCUCAGUGUCUCCACUAAUGAACUGCUCCGUGUCACAGGUCAUCUGCGAUGUUCUCUUCUUGAUUGGCCAGUCAUGACAGCUGCAGUGGAUAACUUCCCAGAAUGGUUUGCUCCCUUCACCGUAGAACGGAAUCCUCCCUGACUGUUGAUUCCUUACCCUCUUCCUUUCCUCCCUUUUUAUUUAUGCAAAAACUACGUCUCAAUCCACUGUCCGCCCCAGAGAGGAACCCUGGUCACCCUUGUGGAAUUUCCCACCCACUCAUCCUCUCUGUGUUUUGGUGUUAACCAAAGCUACUGUAUUUCAGUGAAAUAUUUUCUUUUUUUUUUUUUUUUUUUUUAUUCUAGGGGAAGGGGCUCCACUGUAACUACACUUCCCUCCCCAAGUCUACUGUUAAGCCCACAACAGCCAAGGGAUGGGCUCCAUAUUCUAAGGAGAUAAAGACUUCUGAAUCUUCAAGGAAGGAGAAGGAUUCUCUUCUUUAUCUUAAAAUUAACUUGCCCUACUCCUCACCUUGCAAUCUUUAGACUAGAAUUUGUGUGCCCUGAACCUUUAAACAGAAGAAAAAAAAACAAAAAACCUGAAGAGACAUUACCUUUUUAACUGUGCUGAGAAACCCCGCAGAAUCCAAUCGGAGCUGGAAAAACCCACAACCUCAGAGACUCCAGAUGUAGGUUUUUAAAUGGAGAGCGGCAAAGGUCGCUUUUAGUUUCCGGAGGAGAGAGAGACGCAGAGAAGUCGCUUUUCCCCCAAAGUUUCAUGUGAAGCAACACCCUUACCUCUUUAAACUUAGAUUGUAAUAAUCGGAGAUCGCCUCUUAUAACUGGUUUUAACCUUUAGCUUGUAGGUUGCAAGCUGCGAUGUCUGUAUAUAUAUGAUGAUGUACAUUAAAGACACACCUCUUGUAUUCCCCUCAAUAUUUCCUCACUUAACCCUCACCACCUUCACAAGCUCUUUCUUGGAUCUAUGGAAAAAUGGAGGAAAGGUCACGGUUACUUUCCCUAAGGCCCUUCCAACCACCUCCUAGAGGAGGAACAUCUUAUAGAUGGUUUGACCCACAGAGCAGCAACCCCACCCAUCACUUCUUCCCCCUUUCACCCUUUGUAUAUCCAGCAAUCCUAUCAACUUUUACUUUUUUCCAUUUCCAAUCAAGGUGUGAGUUUUUUUUUUUGUUUUUUUUUUAGUUUCAGUUCCAACAAUUUUUUUCCAGCGAUUUCUGCAUAUUUGUAGCUCUGAAAAAAUGUAAAUUUCAGCCUAUUCCUUCUUUUAUUUGUUUUAUUUUUAUUUUUGCUUAAUGAUAUAUCAUUUAUUCAGUAUGAAAUCUUUAUACUCUAUGUUCCCGUGUUAAGAAUAAAUGUACAUUAAAUCUUGUUAACAGAGUUGUGAAGAGCUUUUCUAUGAGUUAAACAUUCUGAAAAGUACACAAUUAUUAAUCUUUAUUUGUUUCAGCACAGUGGAAAUACUUUGGCUUCUGUUUUCCUUCAUUACUUUCAUGAUUCCAGUGCUUAUCCAUGUAACUUAGAUAUGAGAAUUCUUUAUAUUAAUACAACAACUUUGUUUACACAUGAUGGAUACUCCACAGCGGAAAAAUCUAAUUGUGCAGAUUUGUUGCUGACUUUUUUUUUUUAAGAGGAAAAAAAAAAUGUAAUUAAAUAUGCGGUUGCAGAAUGUGCUCUGGAUUUGCAGCAUUCCUACAGAAAAAAAAACUGCAAUAAUUGUGAAUGGAUUACUGAAUGGACUUUUUGCAGUCAGUAGGAAACAUCUGUUCUCAAUCGGCAGCAUUUUCUUAGCAUAAAGUGCAAUGCUGUGCAUUUGAAAACUUCACUACAGAGCAACUUAUGCAUUGAUUUUUUUUUUUUUUUUUUUUUGUAGAUUUCUGUAAAUCUGAUCCACUGAGUUCCUGUAAAUGCUGCAACUUUUCAGUACACUAAUCUUUUGUGCAUACACCAUACCUCCCUUAUAAUCUGGGUAUGGUCCAACAUAUAGGCAUAACGGCUUGGAUAAUAUUUUUAGUUGCUUCCAGUCUGGGUUGGGGAGAUACUUUAAAAGGGGUUUCAGAUUUUUUUUUAUUGGUCAUUUGCUAAUGUACUGUCUUUAGCUAACAUGCUUCUGUUAACACCAGAGGCAUUGUCAUGUGAACUGCAUCCUAUCUCUGGCUUGUGGGACGUUGGAUACGCAUAUCACGUGGUUCUUUCCCCCUCCCUGAUGAACUUCCAGAAACGGGUGUACAUCCUGUACAAGUUUCACAUGUUGUGCAACAGCUCUAGUGAGCAGUUGAAUAGCUAAGCAGUGUCUGGUAGCAGAGCUUUGUUGUGCAUGUUAACAGAGUAAUUUCAGCACUACUGUAUAUAUAUAUAUUAGACAGACAUAUAUUAGACAUAAUGUAUAUAUACAUUAAACAGACUGUAACUGACGCAGUGUUUUACAGAAGGUAAGGAAUUUUAUGACCUGUAGUUCUUUACAAGGUGCCCUGACCACAUCAAACAAAUGUUCUGUACAGAGAUGGGCAACAUGAUUAACACUGUUGGCAUCACUUGGUAAGCAUUCACAUACAUUGAUGAUCACUUUUCUACAUGGGCUUAUUUCAUGCUUGUCCUGGACCAUUAGAGCAGCCUUAGGUGGUUUCAUUUUGGAUUUUAAGGAACAUAUUUCAAUAUAUUUAUCAUUACAAUUUACUAUGUUUCUGUGAUGCUUUCAGGAUGUUCUUUGGGAAUUUAUUUGCCCUCAUUACGUCCUGUCAUCCAUACUGACGCAUCAUG